AUGGCGGGCAAGGGCCUUCUUUCCAACAUUGGCAUUUGGGUGGCCGUCACGCUGGCAACAUGGGCGAUCUGCUGGCUGGUGGCUGCGCCUGUAAACUGCCACGAAGUGCCUGCGUGCGCUAAGCACUUGCAGAGUUACCCCGGGUACUACCACGUCAUCUCGGCGGCAGCUUUGGUGGCCAUGCUGGGCCACGAGGUACUGAGCCUCGUCGCCACGUAUAUGGGUGCCCAGGAGACACAAGCCUUGGUGCCCCACCUCCAAAGCCGCUUUUUGCCCACCCUGCUGCUGGCUGUGAUGUUUGGCGUGCUUGCGACGGCCGAGCGCCUCUUCUCGCGGGCCGAGUGGACCGUCGCGCAUGUCAUGCCGAGUGCAGACGGCCUCACCGCGCCUGGUCGCCCGGUGUACACGAUGCAGUACAUGGAGUGGGGCAUCAAUGUCCCGAUCAUGCUGAUCCUGUCCGGCUACUGCACGCUCGGGCGUCCCUUGCGCGAAGUGUCAAGGCCACUCAUCGUCACCAAUGUGUACGUGAUCUUCUGUUGGGUAGCCACUGCAACUGAGAGUGCCUUCCUGAAGUGGUUCCUCAUCGUCGUCUCUUUUGUCAUGUAUGCCUGGGCCUCUUACGACAUGCUGAACUGGUGCUCUGCCUACGAGCGCACAGCUCCCGCAGAUCUUCCAAGCCGUGGCCUACGACCCUUCCUGUCUUCUGGCCUCGUUGCGCACCUUCUGCUGUAUGGCGUGGUCUACAUGGCGUCGGUGGUGGGUGUCAUGGAUGCGCACACGGAACGCAAGUCCUUCUUUGCAUUGACCUUCGGAGCCAAGCUCGCCUACAGCGCGGCAUUCGUCUUCAUCCGAGCAGAUGAAUACCACAAGACCUUGACCGAUGUGCUGCGAAAGGUAAGUGUGAGCAAUGUCGGUAUGAUCAGCAUUCUCAGAGGAAGUUUCGACAUCAUUCUUCCCUGCGUGCUGGAUGCAGCCGGCCGCUGCAGGCUGCCCGACAGAUACUCGGGCGACAUGACGAAGCUGGAGAAGAUCCUGGGAUAUGGUGUGUCCGGUGCAAACCUCAAGGACCUCUUGGCUGGAGAGGAUCAGAAGAGCGACUUCUCAGCUUACGUGCGGAAUGUGGUGCGCCAGGCUGAUUGCCCACAGGCCUUCAAUGCCGCAACCCUCUCGACACAGGGAGUGUGGAGCUGUGACUCUGGAGCCAUGCCUCCAAUCGCUCAGGUGCUGCACAGCAAGAUCCAGCAGAAGUCCAAGCAGAAGCUCAACACCACACUCCACCUCUCCGUGGUGCCGCGCUCUGCGCUCAGUUUGGGGAAGGAGAGGCAGCUGGUGGCCGCCUUCCAGAUCUCCAGCCCCGAAAGCUUGAACGAGGAGGAGCCUUCUGUAGCCGUGACGAAUUUCGAGACAUUCAAGGCAGGCCAAAGCUCUGUGGGCACUACUACAAACCCCAGCAGCGAAGAGGGCUCAUCCCAUGGCAUUGUCGCUAACCUCGCCGAUCUCACCAAGCUUGGUGCAUCGGCGAUGCUUGGCAACACCGAGGAGUUCACCGACGAGGCCAGCAACUACUUCGGCCACACACUCACCUCUGACGAGACCAUGUCUCACCUGGGCGCCUUUGCGCAGCACCAGGUGGCCGUGGGUGCCGUGGCAUUCGAUGCACGCAUCGUGGGUGUGUGGGAAGGCAACGUUGCCAAGGCCUUGGGUGGCUAUCGCCAGCGCAUCGAGUUCCUCAAUGAUUGCUUGCACGCAAACGUCACCGUCAUGGGGCAGACUCUCUCAGCCGUCUUCCGCAUGGAUGCGUCCAAGGGCCACCUGGACAUUGAAGUGCUCCCAAGCGGAAGCAGCUGUCCGCCGCCGGCUAUCCCCUACAUCUUCAAGUUCCAGGACGGCUGCUUGCACCUCUGUGGGCCGGGGACCUCCAGCCUGAAGCGACCACAAGGUUUCGAUGGCCCCGGACUCUGCAUCAUGGAGCGCGUGCAGAAGUUUGUGGAGCCGGCGCCGCGCCCGCAGCGCUCCUUCGCGCCCGAGCUUGAGCCUGACCCGGAGUUCAGCCGCCACACCACCGAAGAGACGAAGUCUCAGGCCUCCCUGCGCUCUGUUACCCGGUCCACACGCCUCAAGGAGGAGCUGAACCAAUUGGGACAGGGCCAGAUUCCAAAGGCCUACAGUCCAAAAAUAUUCAGCUGGAUUGAAGAACAGCCCGCAGUGGCUGCUUCUGCCUUGGUCGCCAUGACUAGUGCUGUCAUCGCGCUGCGUAAGUCGCUCUGA